GUCUAGACAAAUUAUACCCAACAACAACAACAUUAAUCCAAUCCCACGCCUUCAUAUCUUUUCGUCUUCAAAAAUCCUUUGGCCUUCAUACGUGAAGGCCUAGAAUUGGCCAAAACAUGGCACUACAAGUUUACUGGUAUGAUUUUGUUUGUUUUGGCAUUGUUGCUUUUUCCUUCUGUGGCGCCCUGUGGGUGCUGUGGAGGAAAGAGGGUGGCUCCAGAUGCGAUGACAACACCAUUUACGAGAGCCUUCUGGUGGCUAGACCGGACGGUGAUGUCUAUGUCAGUGCCCUGCCGAGGGCUCAUGUCAGCACCUCCCAGCUAUGGACCAGCUGCUGGAGAGGGGUGCAUCCUGGAUGGCUCUUGGCCUCGCGGUUCGUGUCCUUUUUGGUCAUGGCGGGUUUUCUAGCUUGGGAUGUUGUGGACUGGGAUGCAACCAUCUUUAUUUACUACACUGAGUGGACAUUUGCAUUAGUUAUGGUCUACUUUGCGCUUGGGACCAUUGUAUCUGCAUAUGGAUGCUGGCUAUCCUCACACAAACCUUCUGAAAAUGGGGCAAGGGCUGAGUUUCUGAGAAGGGAUUUCGAAGAGAGUAGAACCACAAACUCUGUUACUUACAGGGAAAGAGAGAUUAAGGGUACCAUCAAGUUGCAAAGCCACUAUGCUGAAGAGCAGAUUCAGAAAAGAGCAGGAUUUUGGGGAUAUCUAAUGCAAACUGCAUAUCAGACUUGUGGAGGUGCUGUUAUCAUGACAGACAUUGUGUUUUGGUGUGUUAUAGUCCCCUUUUUGUCAAAUGCACAUCUAGGUCUAAACAUGUUGAUGGGCUGCAUGCAUACUUUGAACGCUGUUUUCCUUCUUCUGGAUACCUCACUUAAUAGUCUUCCAUUUCCAUGGUUCCGGCUUUCAUAUUUUGUGAUCUGGAGCUGCGUCUAUGUUGUUUUCCAAUGGGUCAUUCAUGCCUGUGGUUUUACAUGGUGGCCAUAUCCUUUCCUUGAGCUUGAUACACCGUGGGCUCCUUUGUGGUAUUUUUGCUUGGCUGUGCUUCAUAUCCCCUGCUAUGGGAUAUUUGCACUGAUCAUAAAAGCAAAAAAUUCAAUUCUCCCCAGAUUGUUUCCCCACGCUUUUAUUAGGGCAUACAUUGCUUUGAAAUCUAGACCCAGCACAAAACGGCAAGAGCAGACAAUCAGUUCAAACUGCCACAAUCUUUGGAUGAUUUUGAAAAUGUCUUCCUCGGACGACAACGAAGGUCUCCUGUACUGGGUCCGAUGGCAAGUGCCGGUUUGUGCACUGAUCAUCGCCGCCCCAGCUGUGGUGGCUGUGAAAUUUAUCAAAAAACAGAAAGCUGAGCCUCUCGAUCUCGAUCACACUGACUUUUGGACUCCAUGCUGGAAAAAUCUCAAUCCUUUCUGGCUUCUUCUUUAUAGAGCCUUCGCUUUCGUUUGCAUGGCUUGGGUGCUAUACGAAGUCGUUGCCUGGACUGGAGCUUUUUCCUUCUAUUUCUACACCCAGUGGACUUUUGCAUUAGUUAUGGUCUAUUUUGCGCUGGGCACCUUUGUCUCUGCGUAUGGAUGCUUGUUGUCCUCCAAGAAACCUCCUUCCGGAAAAGUUAAGGGUCCUGUUAAAUUGAAAAGCCAGCAUGCUCAAGAGGAGAUUCAAAAAAAAGUGAGAUUUUGGGGAUACCUUAUGCAAAUUACAUAUCAGACUUGUGCAGGUGCUGUUAUGCAAACAGACAUCGUAUUUUGGUGUCUUCUUGUGCCAUUUUUAUUGGGUGAGCAGUUUCACCUAACACCGUUGAUCGGUUUCUUGCAUAGUUUGAAUGCUAUUUUUCUUCUUCUGGAUACAGCUCUCAAUAACCUUGCAUUUCCUUGGUCCGGAUUUGCAUAUUUUGCGGUCUGGAGCUGCAUCUAUGUUUCUUUCCAGUGGAUCCUUCACGCGUGUUGUUUUACAUGGUGGCCAUAUCCUUUCCUGGAGCUUCGUACACCAUGGGCUCCUUUAUGGUAUUUAUGCUUGGCUCUGGUUCACAUCCCCUGUUAUGGGAUAUAUGUUCUGAUUGUAAAAAUGAAAGGUUCAGCUCUCCCCAGAUUGUUUCCUCAUGCUUUUGUUGGGAGGCCACAUUAGUUUCAUAUUCUGGGAAAUUGAGUUUUAUUGGAAAUGGCUAUGGUUUUGACAAUAUAUGGUCAUUAUAUGGAGGGAAUGCUCAUAUUCCUGCUAGAAAUGUUGUUGCAGAUGGCAGAGUUGGGUGAUGCCCUAGGGUUUAGUCGUCACAUAUGUACCCUCAAACAUCUUCUUGAAUAAUAGUAUUGCAUUUCACCCUAA